UUGAACAUAAGAUGAGUGUGAGAGAAACCGAAAGACAUGUAUAACUGCAAAAGUUGCUAGCUGGCAAGUCAGUCCAAGUGAAGACUUCAUCGGUGGAACUCUUAGAGGAUUUAAAUAAACUCUGAAGAAGAAAGAGCGUGAUGAAGAGAAUGAUGGAAAGAUGAGAUGUAAGCGUAAGGAGGGAUGAUCAGGAAUGGGGAGAGCAGCCGGAUUCUGGGAAGUUUUCUUUGCCACCCAAAAACACACUUUUGAAGCUUCCGGAGUGUCUUUUUUCGGCACAAUCUGAUAUUAAGACCAGACUGGGAUUACCACACACUGUCUGUCAUCAGUAUCCGCUGAGCUGGAGAUCGUACACACUGCUGUUUUAUGCACGUGGCAGGGGUUGAUGGGUAGGAUGAGGAGCAACACAUUGCUCUGGGUGCUGUUUUCAAGUUGGACCAUCCAAACACAAACUCAGAUGAGGAUGUCGCCUGAAACGGUUCAACAGUGGUCCGAUACCUUUGGAAAACAGCUUUUGGCCUUGUCGAACAGAUACUCAGGCGCUCAGCUCUUACAGAAGAGAAUGGCAGAGACAGUAGAAGAUGCAGAUUUUUAUCAUGAAUAUAAUGCAACAUUAGAGUUUAAUUACUACAAUUCCAUGAUGAUUAACGCAUUGGAUGUGGAUGGGAACAAUGUGGAGCUAGGAGGAGAAUUUCCUCUGGAGGCGAAUGAACACUUCAAUGAACUGCCUGUCAAUGACCAGCAAAGUGUCAUACAAGUGCCCACCAAUGUCUAUAACAAAGAUCCUGAUAUUUUGAACGGGGUGUUUAUGUCAGAAGCACUGAAUGACAUACUUACCAGUAAGUUCGAGAAGGACCCAACACUAACCUGGCAGUACUUCAGCAGUUCAACAGGAUUUUUCAGAUUUUACCCUGGUAUUAAGUGGACACCUGAUGAAAAUGGAGUUGUCACUUUUGAUGCCAGGAAUCGCAACUGGUACAUCCAGGCAGCCACGUCCCCCAAAGACAUCACGAUCGCUGUGGACAUUAGCGGUAGCAUGAAGGGUUUGAGGCUCACCAUUGCUAAACACACCAUCAACACCAUUCUAGACACACUUGGCGAAAGCGACUUUGUCAACCUCAUUGUGUACAGUGAUUAUGUCCGGUAUGUAGAGCCCUGUUUUAAAGGUUCGCUGGUACAGGCCGACCUGGAUAACCGUGAGGUAAUGCUUUCUUUACUUGCAGUGAAUUCAGUUGCCAUAUGAG